UGACUCAAAGCAACAAACAGGAAGCGGAAGCUGAGCGAGCCAUGAAAGUCAAACUGUAGCAUGGUCCUCUCAGUUAUUUAGGUAACCUAAAAACAUUGUUUAAGAAAUGUUUGCGCGUAGUUUAUUUCGCGUAGCGUCGUUGACGCAGUGUGCCACUAGUAAAUCCACCUCGCUGCUGUGCAAGACGAGCAUCUUCCACAGAGGACAGACGUGCGGAUAUGCGAAGAAAGUUGCGGCCAAAGGCAAAGGGAAAGGUAUGGUGAAAGCGGAGCUCAAAGGCCCAGAGGUGUGUCGAGAUCCUGUCAGGCUCACAUCUCAUGCAGUGGGAGUCAACAUCUUUAAAGAAGGCGAGGACCCCAAGUUAAAGCCUACGGAAGAAUAUCCUGAAUGGUUGUUCCAGUUGAACCUGGGAUUGCCCAAAAAAUUGCACGAGCUGGAAUCAGACACCUGGGAGUAUUGGAAACGCCUGAGGAAGGAAAACAUUUGGCGCUACAACAGAUUAAAUAAAGGGAAGAAGUUGUAGGCCUUCAGUGUUUCGACGGCGUGCUUCUUUCUGCACAGCUUCACAGUCUGGACUGAUUAUUUUGACAGUGAUGUGAUGCCAAGACAGAGCUGAUGUCAACUUCCUGAAUAAAAUGUAUAGAAGAUGACUCUGUCACACAACAUUUACUUGAAGAAUAAUGUAGUGCAUUCACUGGCAUUUCUGCAGUUCAGUGGUGACAUAAGUCAAAAGAAAGAAGAAGUAUCAAGGAACUCUUUUCUGGUCAUGUAAAGUACAGGAGGCAGAUGUAAGAAGGGAGAAUUAAAAUGCUUUUUUUUUUUUCCAAUUUGCUGUCAGAGUAAAGCCCUGAAACCCAUGUCUCUGAAAAACAUGGACCAUUAUGUUAAAAGAAAACACAAAGAAAGCUCCCUAUAAGCAUUGGUUAAUAUCUUCUGACAAGGUCCAAUUCUUAAUAUCACAGGACAUUUCAAACAUAUUUCAUCUAGAGUUUUAAACACCCAAAAGGGUUCAAGUUUCAGGUACUUGGGGAAAAAAAGGAUUUUUUCCAGGUUCACGUCUUGUGUGGAAAAGCAGAUUACAGAAUAAUUGUUGAGCUGAACAAUGCUCAGAGGCACUGUUUAUGAUGUACCAGGAUUAUUGCAAAUAAAUAUGAUUUGCAAAAUGUUGAGUUUUACUCAGUUUGAACUGAUUUGAAGAACAUCAGACAUUCAAAAACUAUCAAACAUUCUGAAACUGUCACACAUUUGAAAAAUGUCAAGUGUUUAUCAUUAUGGAUAGUCUAAUUUAGGUCAAUAUUUAAGUAUGUAUCAGCAUAUUUAAGAUCAAUUCUUAAUCAGGAAAGAAAGUACUUGGCUGCUUUUUAUUUUUUCAACUCUGUUACUUUGUUUUAUCUCAACAUUUAAUUGUAACAAUCAAACAUCACGUUCAGCCUCAAGUUAACCUCAAUAUUGUUUUGUGAACAUGCAUACUGUAAAGAAGUAAACUAAAAACAGCUGAUCAUUUCCUUGGUCGCCACAGUAAAUCCUGUGAUCUCCAUGUUGGAUUUUACUUGAGCCAGAAGCUAAAAAAGAAAAUAGUAUUUAAAAAAAAAAAAAAGAAUAUCAAGUUCAUAAGACUGAGGAUUAACCUGUCUCCCCCCCCCCCCCCCAAUUGUUUGGUCUCCAAAGUCCUUCAUGGACUGUCAGUUUAUUUUAUGAGGUACUCACUGUUCCCUUUAUCAGUAUACAUUGUCUUCUGGUCGAGCAAACAAGUUAUGGUGCAGCUGUAGUAGUUAUAGUAAGAGUUAAGUACCUUUCAAAUUGAACUCCAAAUGACAUUAAACAGUGUU